AAGGCAGUAGAAAAAUGUACCCGCACUUUCUUCCCGCCCUUAUACAGUUGACAAAGAAGAAAGCAACUGGGAGGGAAGUGAAUCGACGACGAUCAUGUGUGGCAGAGCUCGUUGUACUCUCAGAGCUGAUGACAUCCCUAGGGCUUGUCAGCGCACUGGCGCUCCCGUCCGUUCGGUUAAUAUGGACCGAUACCGUCCAUCUUACAAUGUCUCACCGGGAUCGAACUUGCCGGUUGUUUGUAGAGGAGAUGGAUCUGAUGGCGGGGGUUAUGUUCUUCAGUGUAUGACGUGGGGAUUGAUUCCCAGUUUCACUAGGAAAACUGAGAAACCCGAUUUCUACAAGAUGUUCAAUGCUCGAUCUGAGUCAGUAGGUGAAAAGGCUUCUUUUCGAAGGCUCCUUCCUAAAAGCCGGUGUCUUGUAGCAGUAGAAGGGUUCUUUGAGUGGAGAAAAGAUGGGUCAAAAAAACAGCCUUACUACAUUCAUUUCAAGGAUGGUAGGCCUCUGGUGUUUGCUGCUCUUUAUGAUUCCUGGCAGAAUUCUGAAGGUGAGAUACUUUACACCUUCACUAUACUGACAACUUCCUCAUCUUCAGCUUUACAGUGGUUGCAUGACAGGAUGCCUGUCAUUUUGGGCAACAAGGAAGCAGUUGACACAUGGCUAAAUGGUUCUUCCUCUUCUAAGUUUGAUAUUGUACUUAAACCUUAUGACAAUUCAGAUUUGGUAUGGUACCCAGUGACACCUGCAAUGGGCAAGACAUCUUUUGAUGGACCAGAGUGCAUUAAAGAGAUAAAUUUUAAGACCGAGGACCAAAGCACUAUCUCGAAGUUUUUCUCAAGAAAGGAAAUUAAAAGAGAACAAGAAUCGAACCUGCAAGAAGGUACAUGUGACAAAGCUGUUGAUAUCGAUCUUCGAGAAAGUGUGAAAGAGGAACAUGGAAGCAUAGACAAGUUGGAAAUUCCAUCCUUGACAGAAAAGCUUGAUGAUAAUAUAAAAUCCAAUGUUUCUAUAAUUCCUUGUGAGGAUAAGGAUGAAACCAAGUGUAAAACAAAGCGGAACCAUGAGGAGCCUUUAGCUGAUUCCAACACAGUUAAAAGAGAGGAACUGCAGCGCAGUCCUGCAAGGAAGAAGGCCAACAUUAAGAGUGGUGUUGGUGGUGAUAGGGAUAAACAGCCAACACUUCUUUCAUACUUUAGCAAGAGGUAGUAUUUGUGCGCAUUAAAUUUCGUACUCUUGGGCACCUUGUGUUUAUGUAUAUAAACAAAUAAAUUUUGAUGUUUAAAUUUUCUAACUGAAGGACUUAUGACACCAGAUACCUAGAAUAUGUUUGAUAGGGAUGUUUGUGGCACGCAUUUUGAGCUUCUUUCUUCUUCUUCUUCUUUUUUUUUUUUUUGGGGUGCCAAUGUAAUCUCUCUUAUGCAAGUAAGGAAUCACUUGGAUCUGUAACUUAGUAGACUUUAAAACACGUCGUCUGUUUAGAUGGCGAAUUGGCAAAUACUUUGUAAUUGAUUUCCAUUUUAUCCAAUGCUGGUGUCAUCCCGCAGACAUUCUGUGCAA